AUGUUAGCUGCUAGUAAUGAAUAUAAUUCUAAUUCUAGUCGUACAGAAAAUGCAGAGAUGGAUAUAGAAGAACAUCCCUAUGGGUUUCAAAACGAACCUUCAUCAGCAUUGGCGGGUUCCGCUGGGGGAGAACUCGAAGAGGGUAUGGACGCUACUAGGGCAAAUUCGUUAAAUCCUGACGAGGAUUUCCUGAAAAGAAUAGAAACAAGCGUUUCUCAAACCAAUGAAGGUAAAAAUCUCCAAUACGAAGUGUCUUUCGAAGAAGGAUCUAUGGAUCCUGAAAACAUAGCGAUGCAUCUUUCAUGGCCGAGAAAAUAUUACGUUUCUACACUGGUUACUUUGAUAUCCGGCAUAAUUACCAUGAUUUCGUCUUGUUGGUCUCUAGUUGCCGAAGACGUUAUGUCACACUUCCAUAUUUCGAGAGAAGUUAGUGUACUUGGUAUAUCACUUUACAUUUUUGGAUUAGGCUGUGGGCCGCUGCUAUUAUCACCUAUAAGUGAACUUUAUGGCCGACGGAUAACCUUUAUAUUCUCGUUGUCGUUUAGUGUAGCAUGGCAAUGUUUAGUAAUAUGGUCACCGACCAUUGAAGGAGUUUUGUUUGGCCGGUUUUUAUCGGGUUUCUUUGGUUCUUCUUUCUUAAGUGUAGCGAGCGGUACCAUUAGUGACAUUUUCACCAAGGAUCAAAUAGGUAUUCCGAUGACAUUUUAUGCAUUAGCUCCGUUCGCAGGACCUUCAUUGGGACCUGUUCUAAGUGGUGCAUUUAACAAAGAUGGUUACAAAUGGCCAUUCAUCGUUAUGAUGAUUGUUUCAAGUGUAUUACUAGGACUUGUUACGUUUACGGUUCCGGAGAGUUAUAAACCAGUACUUCUUAUCCGCAAGGCUAAGCGGUUACGGAAAGAAACUGGAGAUGACAAAUAUUUUGCACCUUUAGAAGUGAUUCGUAGGGAGGCAAACAUUUUCCGUUUGAUUUUACUUUCGGUAAAGAGACCCAUUGAUCUUCUCUUGAGAGAUUACAUGAUAGGUGUUCUCUCUUUUUACACAGGUUUAGUUUUGGCGAUCAUUUACCUGUAUUUCACAGUUUUCCCCUACAUAUAUCCUAAGCUAUGGAAUUUUACUGUUAUGGAGACUGGUUUAGCAUAUUUGGGUUUGCUCAUAGGAAUGAUUAUCGUGUGUCCUUCCUGUCUGAUAUUUCAAAAGAAUUACGCUCGCAGAGUGGAGCGUAAUGGUGGUAAAUCUACGCCGGAGAUGAGAUUCGAAGCUUUGUUUUACGGCGCAUUCUGUACACCCAUCGGGCUUAUGAUUUUUGCCUGGACCUGCUAUUCUCAUGUACAUUGGAUAGGUUCUCUGAUUGGUAGUGCAGUAUUUGGAGCUGGUGUCUUUUUUGUCUUUGUCGGUGUUUUCGCCUAUACUGUAGAUGCUUAUAGAAGGUAUGCCGCAUCAGCAAUGGCAUGCAACACUUUUGUAAGAUGUAUCAUGGCUGGUGUAUUCCCUCUUUUUGGUAGGCAGAUGUACAAAGGUAUGGGAAUCAAUUGGGCUGGUUUCCUGUUAGCGAUGGUCGCUGUUGGCAUGAUUCCCGUGCCAUUUCUCUUCAGCAAAUAUGGAUCCGUUCUGAGAGCUAAAUCACCUUACGGUUGGGAUGAUUGA